AUGCACGUAUGCCUGGUUGCUCUCCUAGCUGUGAGAGCAGCAGCAGCCUUGCAGCCACCAUCGCUGCAAAGAGCUCCUUUAGGACGCCAGAGGCACGUACGCUUUGCCGACGAGGCGCCGCCGGACGCCGCCGAGGCAGCAGCAGACGCGCCAGCGGAGCCGCCAGCUGAGGAGAAGGUCGACGCGAUGACGUACGUCUUCGGCAAGCCCGGCGAGCUGCAGGGCGACAUGGCGCGCAUGGGCACGAGCCCGCGGCGACUGGCGCUCUUUGGGUUGCUUGGACUGUUUAUAGCGCUGGCCGGCGACCUCUUCCGGCUGACGUCGACGUUAUUACGAAUCGCGCCGGGUGGCGUGCAGGACGCGGCCCGGCGCGCGCGGCUGGACACGUACUACCCCAUCGGCGACUUCAAGCGGUAUAUCGACGACGAGUACGGAUUUGAGGUCCGCUACCCCGAGAUGUGGCUCGCGGACCAGGCGAUCUACGUGAGCCGCAUGCAGGCCCGGACCGGCGCCGGCGCCGUCGACGCGGAAGCACUCCUACGAUCUAGAAAACAAAAGGGGCCCGCGGCUCUGGCGGGCUUCGGGCCGCCCGGCGGCGGCAAGUUCGAGAAUUUGAGCGUGUUUCGGUCGCCGGUGAUGGCAGGUUUGAAGCUGAGAAACCUGGGUACGCCGACGGAGUUCGCCCAGAGGCUGCUGGACACGGCGGUAGCGCCGCCCGAGUCCGGCAAAAAAACGACUCUAUUGGCCGCGACGGAGCGCGCGGACGGGAGCUACGCGUUCGAGUACUGUCUGCAGUUGCCGCAGCGCCGCGACGGCGUCGAGGGGCGCAUCCUUCAUAACCUAGCUGUCGCGUCGGUGCGCGGCGGCGACGAGCUCUUCACGCUCACGGUGUUAUGCGGCGAGGAGGACUGGCGCGACCGGGAGGCACUCUUCCGCCAGGUCGCGGCGAGCUUUCGGGUGUAUGGUGCCUAAGCUUGGUUAGUUUAUGUGUUCUUGACGCCGCAUGCGCGCCCGGAUUCAUCGAAUGCACCCGUCUUGGGUCGCAGUCUGGCUGGGUCAGGCUGGCUGCUAAAAAACAAUUAUCGACGCUCUCGCAAACGACGGAGACCAAGUCCAUUACGCAUCCAAUUCAGCAUGCCGCACUUGGAAAAUGACUCCUGUGUGUACCAGCGUCCCCAGUACACCACUGCAGCACUUUGCACGCACGCAUACGACCUAUGGGCUGCGAAAUCACCCCAUGCCCCACUUCGACCCAAAUCGGGGCAAGCGUGGUCCGCGCGCGACCGCGGAACUGCGCACGCCACGCCGCGAGCGCCCGUUGCACCCGCGUGCCGCCCCGGGGCCGCGCGUCCGCUGUCGCUACAGAUUCGGGCCAGAAGAGGGCUGACCCGACCCCGCCGCGACGGUCGCGUCGUCCGCCCCGCGCGCCAACGUGCACCAACGACCCGCCACCGCGUCGCAGGCCCGCUCUGCUACGAGGCCUGGGGCCCGGAGUCGAUGCGCGUCCUCAAGGUCUGCUGGUGGUCGCCUGUGUGGAAAUCAACUUUCGCGCCCCACGCCAUCGACGCGUUGUCGUCUCACUGGUUGAUUUCCACGCAGCCAGAAGACGAUCUGCCAGGCGUGCGACGUGCAGAUGGAGAUCCGUGGGCAGGACCUCUGCCCGUUCUGCCGCGCCGAGCCGAUGUCGCCGGCCGACGAGCUCGCGAAGCUCGAGCACUGGGCCGCGAAGGACAGCGCCGCGGCCGUCUGCCAGUUAGGUUCGUGCUACCGCCGCGGCGACCUCGGCCUCGAGAUCGAUUCGCCGCGGGCGGUCGCGCUCUACGAGCGCGCCGUCGAGCUCGGCGACGCCAAGGCCGUCGUCCAUUUAGGACUCAUGUUAGCCGACGGCGACGGCUGCCCGAGAGACGAGGCCCGCGCGGCGGCGCUGUUCGACGCGCUCUCAAAAACUAAGGGCCCCUGGGCGCCGUGGGCCGAGAACGCCUUGGGCCGCCUCGCGACGGACCCCUUCGUCGCCGCGGGGCACUGGCGGCAGGCCGCGGAAGACGGCUUUUCGAUCGCCAUGGCGAAUCUGGGCAUGCUCUACGAGGGCCGCUUCUCCUACGCCAAGGCGUUCCCGACGGACCUCGCGGCGGCCAAGAUGUGGUACCAGGCGGCCGCCGAACACGGCCGCGAGGACGCCGCGUUUAAUCUCCAGCGCCUCCGCGCCGCCACGACGUCCAAGGGCCGCAUGACGCACGCGUUCCGCGCGUUCGAGGGGCUGCUGGCGGCCUAG